CUUCUCAAGAUUUGUCCUGGAUGAAAAGUAGGGACUGGACCUCUAAGCUUGUUGGUGACUCCCUCUCUCUGCUGUUAGAAGGUAAGGUACAAUCCUCUUGUACCUUCUUUGGUGAUGCUGAUGUGCGGGGAGUGUUUCCCUGUCUGUCUAUGCUGAAGGCAUCUAUUCUGCCUGCAUAUGCAACUUCCCUUUGCAUGUUGCAAGGUGUUUUGAAGGCUCUGCUGAGAUGUGCAUUGUACACAGGGACUCAUCUCUGUUGUUGAACAGAGACACAUGGCUCGUUUAUUUUCUCAGUUUUUAUGCAGUUAUGAAGAAUCAGUGUAGUUCUUCAGUUACUCUUCUUUUGGUACAAAGGACACCCAGAAGGUAUUAGAAGUAGUCAUUUGUCACUACCACCUGUUAGAUCUAUCUCAGUUGCUUUAAAGAGGAAGCACUGCUGGUAGAGUAACUUCAGCAGCACGGGGCAUCUCUAUGAGCAAACCUUACUGAAUCAGUGAGAUAUUUGUUCACGUGGCAAAUCCUGCCUGAACCAGGUAAUGCAACAAUCUUUUCAGUGUUGGGAAGGUCAGCUAGCUCCAUUGUUUGUCAUAUUGGGAAUAUGUGUGAAGAUGGCAUCUAACAGUUGAUGGGGCUAUAUAUAACUACCAUCAGGAAUGGGUCACAGUUCAGUGAAUUGUCUUUUAGUGGAGCAGAGAAAAAGAGCCCUGCAGAGGCAGACUAUGGGCAGCUGAUGAAAGGAUUACAAGGCACAAUUCUGAUGUCACUGAGAAUAGGCUUGGUGGCUAAGGAGGUCUCUGCCAGCCCUGUCCCUAACCUCCUCCUGGGCUAGCAGCAGCUCUUAAGCUUCUGCUGGUUUGGACUAGGUGGUAAUUUGAGUAUACAUGCUCAAGUACGUAAGACGCUUUCCUGCCCACUUUUGGAGGUCUAGAAGGUAACCGUUCCUCUGCUGUGCCUUGCUUGUUACCCAGCCUCAGGAAGGACUGCAGGCACUUUGCCUGGGAUGGUGUCACCACCUUGAUUUCCCUUGUGACCCCACCAGCAUUUCUUCAUUGAUUUUAAGCACUGCCUUUUGGUCUGGAGUCUGGUUUGGACUGGAGUGCUGCUCUCUGCUGACAGAGACAAGUGUCCAUAACCUACACCCUAACACUGUUAAUUGUAUCCUGAUAAGAUGGCAUCAGAAUGACUUUUUUGUUAUUUAAGGUUUAAUUUUAACAGUACUGUGUUUCUAUCUGCAGGCUGGAGGGACUUUCUGGGUGCGGUACACAUACAUAUUGGGUUACAACUUGGAGUGUGCAAGUUAAUAGCUGGCAGGUGGGGGGAGCAAUGCAAGACCUGGCCCUCCUAUCAGCAGAACACUGAAUCUGCAGCCAUGCAAUGACUACAGUAUGCUGCUAACUAAUAGAUGAUGAAUGUAUGAUUUAGCAGGACUGCUCCUCUCCAGCACAGCAAUUGCCCCCAUACUAAGAAGCAAUAUGACUAGCACAGGGAAAUGCCUUUAUCUUUCCCACUCCAUUGUGAGCUCAUUUGUGUGUGGAGAUUCGUUCCUUCCUGGUCCUAAGUACAGCUCCACUUGCUGCUAGGGACUGAUUUGCACGUAGGCAGUAAGCAGUUCUGCAGCUUUCAGAAGUUUUGGUUUUGGAGAGUGAUAGGCAGUGCCUCCCAGAUAGGCAUUGCCUUCAUCUGGCAUGUAUUAACUAAGCUCAGGAAAUGCAUUUACCACUAACAACUUUCAGGAUGGACUCGUACCUGAUUCAAGUGAACAGCCAAGGAGAUCAUGUCCCCCUGUUGGAUAUUCAUCUCAAGACCAAUGGAAACAGCAUGUCACUGGGAAAGGUGAAGGGCCGGAAGCCAAGAUGGGCUGUCAGGGCUUCUGAAAUGUCAAAGAAGACUUUCAAUCCUGUCAGAGCCAUCGUAGACAGCAUGAAGGUGGAGCCCAAUCCAAAGAAAGCCAUGAUCUCCUUGUCUUUAGGAGACCCAACAGUCUUUGGAAACCUUCCCACAAAUGAUGAGGUCACGCAAGCUAUGAAGGAGGCUUUGGACUCAGGACGUUACAAUGGCUAUGCUCCAUCUGUUGGCUACCAGUCCUGUCGAGAAGCAGUGGCUGCAUAUUACAACUGCCCAGAGGCACCAUUGGAGGCCCAGGAUGUCAUCUUAACAAGUGGCUGCAGCCAGGCUAUAGAACUUGCCUUGGCAGUGCUGGCUAACCCAGGCCAGAACAUCCUGGUGCCACGGCCUGGCUUCUCUCUCUACAAGACUCUGGCACUGUCCAUGGGAAUUGAAGUUAAACUUUACAAUCUCAUGCCAGAGAAGUCCUGGGAAAUUGAUUUGAAGCACUUGGAGUCCCUGGUGGAUGAGAAAACAGCUUGUGUAAUUGUGAACAACCCAUCAAACCCCUGUGGCUCUGUGUUCAGCAAGAGCCACCUCCAGAAGAUUCUGGCAGUGGCAUCAAGACAGUGCGUGCCCAUCCUUGCUGAUGAGAUCUAUGGAGACAUGGUGUUUGCUGACUGCAAAUAUGAACCCAUUGCAACUCUCAGCACCAAUGUGCCAAUCUUGUCCUGUGGUGGCUUGGCAAAGCGAUGGCUAGUCCCUGGCUGGCGGAUGGGCUGGAUCCUAAUCCAUGACAGGAGAGACAUCUUUGGUAAUGAGAUCAGGGAUGGCCUUAUCAGGUUGAGCCAAAGGAUCCUAGGACCCUGUACAAUUGUCCAGGGAGCACUGGAACGUAUCUUGCACAGAACACCCCCUGAAUUCUACCACAACACCCUCAGCAUCCUCAAGUCCAACGCUGACCUUUGUUAUGCUGCUCUAUCAGCUAUCCCAGGUCUCCAGCCUGUUCGGCCUGCUGGAGCCAUGUACCUGAUGGUUGAAAUUGAAAUGGAGCAUUUUCCUGAGUUUGAAAAUGACGUGGAGUUCACUGAGCGGCUCAUCUCGGAGCAGUCUGUGUUUUGUCUGCCAGCUACGUGCUUUGAGUACCCAAACUUCUUCCGUGUGGUAAUCACUGUACCUGAGGAGAUGAUCUUGGAGGCCUGCAGUCGCAUCCAGGAGUUCUGCGAGACUCACUACCAGGGUGCUGAGGGGGCCCAGGAUCUUGAGUGUGACAAGUAGCUACAGCCAACCUCCUGCCUCUGCCAGGCUAGACCUUGUGUGAGGUGGCAGGCAGGGCUGCUUCCAGCCAGCUCCACAUCCCCCUGCCUGUAGGCAGGUGCUGUCCUGCUGCUUCAGCUGUUUUGCUCCACAGACCCCUCAGCACCAUAGAAAGAAGCAGACCUUCUCUCCUUUUCCACUGCACUUCCCGCAUCCUCUGGCAUCUGGUGCCUGUGGUCUCCAUAUACUCUGCAUCUGCACCCCAUACUGGUCUCUGUGCUGGCCACAAACCAGCCAUGGGCAGUGACACCUGGCUGCUCCUGCACCAGGACCCAUGGCAUUGACCCUGGGUGGCCAGUAGCUCCUGCACUGCCUGCACUCCCCCUCUGGGGCAGGAGAUGGCCAUGACCUCAGAGGACAAGAGACACUCACCCACCUCCCACCUGUCUUACUUUAGGAGGCCAGAGCGCUUUAUACCAAGCCCUUUGUCCAGCAAAGGGAGUAAGUUAUUGUGACUUUUUUUAUUAAUAAAUCUUCUGACAUGGCA